AUUUGCAAAGGAGUUUGCAGAAUUUUAGUUAUCAAUAAAAUCACAGUUGAUAGCAGUUGAAAUAUUUCUAAGGAAUAAAUUAUAACAAGAACAAGAAGAAGGAAAUUACAUGCUUUGGUGAGAGAAGAAGGAUAAGGGGAAAAUUUAAUACUGUGAGAAACUUCAAUGGUUGGAUCUGUUUGUAUCCCUCAGAGAAAUGGCAAAAGAAUUGGGAAAAUCACAACAUUGGUGUGAAAUCUGUGGUAAAUCUUUCUCUACAAGUAGUAACUUGAUUAAUCACAUUCGUGUUCAUACAGGUGAGAAGCCAUUUCACUGUGUUACCUGUGAUAAAUCAUUCUCUCAGAACAGUGAAUUAACUACACACACACGUAUCCAUACAGGAGAAAAGCCAUUUCGCUGUGUUACUUGUGGUAAAUCAUUCUCUCAAAACAGUGCCUUAACUAAUCACAAACGUAUUCAUACUGGAGAAAAGCCAUUUCACUGUGUUACCUGUGGUAAAUCAUUCUCUCAAAACAGUCACUUAAAUCGACACAAACGUUUUCAUACAGGAGAGAGACCAUAUCACUGUGUUACCUGUGGUAAAUCAUUCUCUCAAAACAGUGAAUUAACUACACACACAUAUAUUCAUACAGGAGAAAAGCCAUUUCACUGUAUUACCUGUGGUAAAUCAUUCUCUGACAACUCGACCUUAACUAGUCACAAACGUACUCAUACAGAUUAAUGGAUGACAUUGGCACAAAAUAACUUUUUAAAUAUUGGACACAUCUGGACUAAGGUGAAGGGUUUUAAAGAAUAUAAUAACCCAACUGCUAUAAAUCUAGACUGGAAUUA